AUGAGUGGGGCAGCAGUUGUCUUUUUGACUUCACUUUCAGCUCUGCCAGUCUCCUACAUCUGGGAUACAAUUGCCCAUUUGAAGGAUCAGAGGCUCAUCUUCUUAACAUCAUGCAUCUCUUUUGGUGUUGUCACUGCAGUACCUUAUUUUGUUCUUCGAAAGAAAGUGCAGAAGGUUGAUCAGUUCUUGCUUUGUCUCCUCUUGUUCCAGUCAGUACUAAGCCUUGCUAUUGCAAUGGAAAAUGAUGGACUGAUUGCUGAGUUUCUUGGUUAUUAUCUGAGAGAAGGAGAGCCUUACCUCAAGACAGCUCAUGGAACCAUGAUUUCAUAUUGGGAUGGCAUCGCCCAUUAUGGCAUGUACCUUAUGAUGCUGGCUGCAGUGUCUUGGAAUCAAAGCUUUCAUGAUGUUGGCCUUUACUGGGCAGGAUCAUUUGCUUACAGUAAGCUAGUGCUCAUCUUGGCCGUUCUCAUAGGUAAAGAAGGCGCCCGUCUGCCUUUUCUGCUACAUUUUCCAAUCCUGGCUAUCUGUGCUGUGAUGCUCAUGAGGUUUCUCAGUGAAAAACUGGAUGAGAGCUGCCAGAUUCAAAGAGAGCUCAAUAAAGAGGGCACAAGAAAAGUCACAACCUUGAGUAUUUGGAAAAGACCUUUUGAUCUGACUCUUUUUGUAUAUUAUGGAUUUGCCUCCUGCUUCACUCUUUUUAGAUUUUCAGCUGCUAUGGGCAGUGAAAUGGCUUUAGCCAAAUGGUACUGUGAAAAAUUGGAACCGUACCUCACUGAUCCACUUCCAUAUGCCAGAACUCAACUGAUGGUUCAAACAUUUUACUUUGUUCCCUACAACGUACUCAGCAUGUAUUCCCUUGUGAGGAUGGGACAAGCUUGGGUUACCAGGUGGUCCCUGGUGUAUGCGGGUGCAGCUGCACAGGGUCAGUUCUCAUUUAUGGGGUCAUCAUUUCACUACCGGACUCCAUAUAUUCAUCGUCUGCCACAGACUGGUUCAGCUCGCUUGUUGUUCUGGAUUUUCAACGGCCUCUUGUUUGCCGUGCCACAGGUUGCAGCAUACAGAUGUUUGAACAACCCAAAUUUCUACCUGCAGCAACAAGAACCAGAGCCCGUGGAGCAUGUCAAUUCAGUUGUAGGCAAUGGUGCAAGUUUACUGAGUGCUAAGAAAAUUGAGUGA